UCCACUUCCACACAUUUUUCAUCUGGGUUUUCGCCCUUCUCUUCUGGGUAUCCCUUCAAUUCCUUCCCCACUUCCAAAUUCCCCUCCUUUUUCCCUUCCCCCAAUGGACGUUUCUCCAUUUUCCCAUUACGAUGACAGCCACCACCUUCCCCCCGGAUUCCGCUUCCACCCCACCGACGAGGAGCUCAUCACCUACUACCUCCUCAAGAAAGUUCUCGACAGCACCUUCACCGGUCGAGCCAUCGCCGAAGUCGACCUCAACAAGUGCGAGCCAUGGGAGCUUCCGGAGAAAGCUAAGAUGGGAGAGAAGGAAUGGUAUUUCUUCAGCCUUCGAGACCGGAAGUAUCCAACCGGUUUAAGGACGAACCGGGCCACGGAAGCCGGGUACUGGAAAGCCACCGGAAAAGACAGGGAAAUUUACAGUGCGAAAACCUAUUCAUUGGUGGGGAUGAAGAAGACAUUGGUGUUUUAUAGAGGAAGAGCUCCAAAAGGAGAAAAAAGCAACUGGGUUAUGCAUGAAUAUCGGCUUGAAGGCAAUUUUGCUUACCAUUAUCUCUCUAGAACCUCCAAGGAUGAGUGGGUGAUUUCGAGGGUGUUUCAGAAGAGUGGCGCCGGCGGUGGAGGUGGCGGAGCCACCUCGAGCAACGGCGGCGGUUCAAAGAAAGCGCGGUUUGUUCCCGGUUCAGUUAACGUCUACCCAGAACCAAGUUCGCCGUCCUCGGUGUCUCUCCCGCCACUUCUCGACUCGUCAGUUUACUCCGCUCCGGCCACCAUUUCGUCGGCGUCUGGUAACAUACCCGACCGUGACAGCUGCUCGUACAACAGCCCAGCAGCAAGAGAGCACGUGUCCUGUUUCUCCACCACAACCGGCGGCAGCUUAAACAUCCCAAAUUACGAUUUUGCCCCUCCACUAUCGCUCGCCGCCGCCGACCCAUCUACCCACUUCCACCGAAACAUCGGCCUGUCGGCGUUCCCAAGUCUGCGGAGCCUGCAAGAGAAUCUCCAACUUCCAUUCUUCUACUCGCCGGUCAACAUUCCUUCUCCAACGACGGCGGUCCACCACGGCAACAUCUCCUCAGCUGAUGUCGGCGCUUGCAGCUCCGCCGGAAAUUGGGCCGUCUCCGACGAAACAAGAUUCAUGAACUCCACUGAACUCGACUGCAUGUGGUCGUAUUGAUUAAGCCACGAAAUUUCUCUGUUCUUCAGAAUUU